ACCCGCCUGCGGGGCGACCAGGCCACCCGGCUCCGCCGAGCAAGCGAGUGGUCAGCGCGGAGCCGGAGCCCCGCGCGUCCUGUCCCGACACAUAAGCCAGCAUGCCGCCAUGGACGGCAGAACUCUGCCCAGCGGCUUCGCUGUCUUCACCACCUUCCCCGAACUGCUUUUCAUCUUCGAGCUUGUCUUUGGGGGCCUCGUGUGGAUGCUGAUCACCUCAUCCCAGCUGCCUAACCCCCUGGUCCAGGGCUGGGUGACGUUCGUGUCUGUGUUCUGCUUCAUAGGCACUGGUGCUCUGCUCUUCCUGUACCUAACUGGUGCCCAUGGCGGUGAGACUUCCUGGGUCUCCCUGGAGUCAGCCUACCACACUGUUGCAGUCCUGCUUUACUCUAUCGCCUCAAUCCUGGAAAUUCUGGCCACCAUCUAUAUGCAAGACGGCUUCACAUACGAACAUUACCUUGAAAACAUCUCUGCUGUGGUGUUUUCGUGCAUAGCCAGUCUGCUGUACAUGGCCCAUGUGGUGUUUGUUUAAUAAGAUGAACGUUUUCAGAACUUUAAAGCUGAAGAAGUUUAGCUGAAAACUCAUGGUGUUAACUGAUCAACCGCCUCCCAGCAUAACUUUUUAGAAUGAAGAAAUGCUCUUGAUAGUGGAAAAAGAAAACCAAAGGAAGAGCAACACUGUGUGUCUUGUGGGUGUUUGUUUACUCUCCCAUGUCCCUCCUGUCGGGGUUGGGACUUGCUGUCUUUAGCCUCCAACUAGUGAGCCGUCUUUCACGGUCAUCUCCUAUUUUUGAAAGGGGGCAGUGGGGUGGAGUUUGGGGUCUGAAUGUGAGAGACCGAGAAACAAAGAUCCCCUGCUGAGCCCUGGACCGGAUCCUGAGAACUCUCUACUGGAGUCUUCCACAGGCUGUUUUGAGCCCCCAUCUCAUGACGUGUUUCUAAGUCUUCAUGGAGAUUCUACCUGUCAUGGGGAUGCAGCUCGUCCAACAAGUAUUUGCAGAUGUCCACGGGGGAAAAUGACAAACCUUUCAAAUAUCUUAUAAAGUGUCUUUAUGUUCAAUA